CUCAUCAAUGGCACUUCCCUCAGCUUUUGUUCCCGUGAUGAUAACUUUUGGUAUGGUUUUGGUAGCUGGGGUCAUUGUCCCAGGAGCAGAGGCCAAAUCCAGGGCUUUCUUUGUAUUUGGAGAUUCACUUGUUGAUAGUGGUAACAACAAUUACUUAACCACUACUGCACGAGCUGAUUCCCCUCCUUAUGGCAUUGACUAUCCAACUCGCAGACCAACCGGUCGUUUUUCCAAUGGCCUCAACAUUCCUGAUCUUAUUAGUCAACGACUAGGUGCUGAGUCUGUGUUGCCAUACUUGAGUCCACAACUAAGAGGUGACAAGCUUCUAAAUGGUGCAAAUUUUGCUUCCGCUGGAAUCGGCAUUCUUAACGACACUGGAGCACAGUUUCUGAAUAUAAUCAGAAUGUAUAGACAGUUAGACUACUUUGAAGAAUACCAGCAACGAAUUGCAUCUCAAAUUGGAGUAUCUCGUACUAAGACACUUGUCAAUCGAGCAUUGGUCCUCAUUACUGUUGGUGGUAACGAUUUCGUAAACAAUUACUACUUGGUGCCUUAUUCUGCAAGGUCUCGCCAGUAUUCGCUACAGGAUUAUGUUAAAUUUCUCAUUGUAGAGUACCGUAAACUCUUACAGAGAUUAUAUGAUCUAGGAGCUCGCAGAGUACUUGUGACAGGAACUGGACCAAUGGGUUGUGUUCCAGCAGAAUUGGCCAUGCGCGGAACAAAUGGGGGAUGUUCUGCUGAACUUCAACGUGCUGCAGAACUGUAUAACCCUCAACUACUACACAUGGUACAAGGACUCAACAAAAAAAUUGGCAAAGACGUUUUUAUUGCUGCUAAUACAGCGCUGAUGCAUAAUGAUUUCGUUAGUAACCCAUCAGCAUAUGGAUUUACUACAUCAAAAAUUGCUUGUUGUGGGCAAGGACCCUACAAUGGGAUUGGAUUAUGCACACCACUCUCUAACUUGUGCCCCAACAGAAACUUGUAUGCAUUUUGGGAUCCAUUCCAUCCAUCCGAAAUGGCAAGCAGACUUAUUGUGGAGCAAAUUAUGUCAGGUUCUAAGAGAUAUAUGAAACCAAUGAACCUCAGCACCGUCCUAGCAUUGGAUGCUAACAACACAUGAUCACAACUCUAAUAAUGCAUGUCUUCUUUGUAAUUGCA